UGUUUUUUCCCCCUUUAUCUAUAUCCUCACUUUCAUACCCUAUCUUUUUCUUAUUCCUCUCUUCUCAACCAAAACCAAAAACCUAUAUUCCUUUUUACUUCAAUGGCAUUCUCAAGGGUUUAAGGGUUUUUUUUGUUCCUAAGAAGAAGAUGACUAUGGUUGAACAUGGUGGUUAUAUGGAUGGAAGUCCUAAUGAUCCUAUUGUUGAUGAUGACUUUGAGGACAUACUCAAUUUUUUGGAUUUUCCAAUGGAAAAUUUGGAAGAGGAUGGAGUAGGUGUAGAGUGGGAUUCUAGUGAGUCAAAGUUUCUUGGACCAAUCCCUACCGAGGCUCUAAUGAGUUUUCCGCCCAUGCCUCAAGGCAACGUUCGCAGUGGUCGUGUGAAUGCGGUGGCAAAUUCCCGUCCUACGAUCAAAUUUACCGAGGUCCAAGGGACCACCGGUACAUUCCAGACACAGAGCCCAGUUUCAGUUCUUGAAGGCAGCAAUUCUUGCUCUGGUGGAAAGAGUAUACCCAUCAAGCCAAUCAAACAUGACACUGUCAUUCCCGUACGUCCUCGCUCCAAGCGUGCGCGACCUUCAGCUGUUAAUCCAUGGGUUUUGAUGGCUCCCAUAUCUUCUACAAGAGUUGCAUCCAAGAAGAUUUGUGAUGCCAAAAAGGGUAAAGAGAAGAAGAGAAGAUUGCCAAUUCUAUCAGGUGCCAAGGAAUCAACGACAUGCUACGUGCAACAGAUCAAUGAUACAGUGCCACAGAUACCAGAUGUUUCCAAGAAGAAGAUAACCUCCACACAACAGUCUAGUUUCGUCAAAAAAUGCACACAUUGUGAAGUCACAAAGACACCUCAGUGGAGAGAGGGACCUCUGGGGCCAAAGUCACUAUGCAAUGCUUGUGGAGUUCGUUACCGUUCAGGACGUCUAUUCCCAGAGUAUCGACCAGCUGCUAGUCCUACAUUCGUUCCAUCUGUCCACUCGAACUCUCACAGGAAAGUCGUAGAGAUGAGGAAAAAAUCUAUUUAUGGAGGAGCUGUAGUUGAGGAGCCUCCCAAGAUGAUCAUCGGCAGAAAGAGAAAAGCCUUGCCAGAACCAACUAUUGUCGACGACCCUCCAAUGUCGCCCGCGCCAGAGUUUGUUCCUAUGAGUAGUUAUUUGUUUGAUGUAUACUGAAGAGAUGAUUAUACUUUAGUUAGGAGCUUAAUCUAGUCUAUUUAAUUUUCUAUCGGGGGAACGGGUGGCUCGGGUGGUCUGUGUGGUAACUACUACUGCUUUAAGAGGUUAAUGUACAAAUGUUGAAUCUUUAGGUUGUCUAGGCUAGAUAUUUUAUUGGAGGUUUAGAUGGAAAAGCUUUGAGUCGAUGCUUGAUGAAGCAAAGUUCCUCUGAUGUAAAAACUGAACUAGAUAUAGUAAGAUGCUUAGGUUUCAUUUUUA